AUGAUUGCUCUGUGUAUACGACAUCAAAUACAAGAAGAUGUUUCUUUCAAGGCCUCAAACAUAAAAACCUAUAUUCAUGAAAGAUUCAAUGUGGUGAUCAGUUACAAGAAGGCAUGGUAUGCACGGAGAAAGGCUUUAGAGAAUGUCUUUGGUGGAUGGGAGGAAUCAUUCAGACAGUUACCAAGCUACAUGCUUGAACUGCAGUCACAGAAUCCAGGCACAAUUGUUGAGUGGAAGCACAACGAGCUGUUGAGUCACGGAUGUAAAAAGGUGUUCAGUUAUGUUUUUUGGGCAUUUGGAGCUGCUAUACAUGCUUUUCAGCUGGCCCAACCGGUUUUAACAAUUGACGCGACUCACCUCCGAGGAAGAUUUAAAGGUAAAUUACUUGUUGCUUGUGGUGUUGAUGCUAACAAAAAAUGCUUACCUAUUGCAUAUGCUGUUGUUGAUGAGGAAACUGGCGACAGUUGGACAUGGUUCUUGAAACAUAAGUGCAAGGGUCCUAUUGUGAAAAGCAUGGUGUGGGCAUUGGGUGCUACAACUCAAGAGCGUAAAUAUAAGAGAAGGCGGCGUGCACUGCAUGAGGAAAGCCCUGAUGUGAUACGACAGCUGAAUAGGGCCGAAAAAGAAAAUUGGUCUCUUUGUUAUGAUGAUGGACUUAGAUGGGGGGUUACCUCAACAUACAUGUCGGAGUGCUACAACAAUGUUUUGAGGGGUGUAAGAGAGUUUCCAAUUAGAGCUUUGAUUGAUCUCACAUUUUGGAGAACAGUGAAAUGGUGGGCACAAAAGAAGACAAAAAUACAGCACACCGAAGGUCGGUUAACACCGUGGGCGAGGGACAAACUUGCUGAGAAUGAUGGCAAGGGGCAAAAACAUCACAUUUCUGUACUUGACCGAGGAUUAGGACAUUACCAAAUUCGAAGUCAGGCAUGGUUAGAAGAUGGGAAGCCAAAGGGCAACAAUGUACAGAAGGUGCAGUUUGAAGAUUCUAAGUGCACUUGUGGGAAGUGGCAGACGUGGAGAGUUCCUUGCUCAUAUGCUUGUGCAGUUGCUAGAGAUAGAGGUAUCGCUAUGUUUGAGCUCAUAUCUACAAAAUACCAUAAAUCUACAUGGGAAGCACAGUAUUCUAGUCCUCAUCCAUGGGAUGCACCAAGACACGAAGAUUAUUGGGCUAAACCUAGAUGGAAAUUGGACAUCACCCCUGAGCAGUUGCUUCCUCGAAAACGUGGCCGUGGUAGAAAGAAGAGGAUACCUAAUCAAAUGGAUGUUCGCGAGGAAGAUGAACCGAAAGCUCCCCGCCGUUGCAGGAAUUGUGGGCAAGAGGGACACGACCGAAGAAAUUGCUCAGUCGGUCGUGUUAUGUAG